AUGCAGAGAGAAUCGGACGGAGGUUCAGGCUCCGGAACCGGCGCCGAUUCCAGCGCCGAUUCCAGCGCCGGUUCCGGCUCCGACUCGGACGCCAGCUCUUCGGGCUCGGACUCGGCAUUGCGGCUCCAGAGGCCCGUUUUCGUCAAAAAGAAACUACCGCCCAAGGCCGCCGGUUCUCGUGGUCCGGCACGUGCCGCGUUGGCCAAGGCCGAGCAUCUCCAGCAGGUGGAUUCAAAGACGCUAGAGAAAGUGCCGUUCGACGGCAUAGACGAUCGUGACGACAUGCGGCCCGAGGAUGAAUACACCCAGUGGAAGCUCCGAGAGGCGGCACGCAAGAAACGCGAUGCCCUUUUGCUUGAGGAAACAGAGCUAUCCAAAGAGGAUGCGGUCCGGCGGAAACGGGGCCUUGUGAGGACGGGGCCUUUGCCGGAUUUGGACGAAAACGGCGGGGGGACGUCCUUCUCCAAAGGCCCUAGUAUCGGUUCCAAGCUUGGUGCGUUUUAUACCGAGCAGUUGGAUGAAAAGUUGCUCAAGCGCGACUACAAAGACAUCGAGGGAAGAGAAGACCACAGUCGCCCGACCAAGUACAAGAGGGCUUGA